AUGGUGCUCGGUGCUCGAGCGCUUGUGCUUUCUUUGGAUUUGCGCACCAACCUUCUUCUUGGUUGCUUCUUCUCCGAGCUCGGAGAACCCGGAGCCCUUUUGCUUUUCUUCUCAUCACCCUGUAUCGGAGCAGGAAACUCGACGGGGAAGUUCUCGCUACCGGAUGAAGGCCUCAGUGUGACGGGGAAGAAACAAGGUUUCUUGCAAAGGAUCUCAAAUAACCAAAGUAUAACUGCUAGAAAAUAUGGAAAAGUAUUCAAAUCCUAUCUUUUCGGCUCUCCAACUAUUGUUUCAUGUGACUUAGAGUUCAACACAUUUGUCCUUCAGAAUGAAGGCAGGCUGUUCCAAAGCAGCUAUCCUAAACCAGUUAGAGACAUUCUUGGCAAACACUCUUUGAUUCUUUUUAGCUUUAAUUUGAUGUUGAUGAAUGUACUGAACAUGGAACCUGGAGAGCCACUAGCUUUGCAAUUAUUAGAAGAUUUCUUGACGUUCAUGAAAGGAUUUGUGUCCAUUCCAAUAAACCUUCCUUGGACAUCCUAUGCCAAGGCUCUUAAGGCUCGUACGAGGAUCUCGUCCACCUUGAAGCAAGUACUGAAAGAAAGAAAAAAGAGAGAAGAACUGGGGAUUAAUGGGCUAGCCAAAGAAGACAUUUUUAAUGAGAAUUUUUCGAAAGGACACUUAAGUGAUGUGGAGAAAGUAAGCAUUUUGCAGGACCUUCUGUUGGCUGGUUAUGAAACAACCUCAGGACUUCUGUCCCUACUCGUCUAUUUUCUUGCCCACUCACCACGAGCUCUCCAGUACUUGAAGGAGGAACAUCGAGCAGUGAGGAGAAAGAAAAAGGAAGGGGAACCCCUAAACUGGGAAGAUUAUAAGCAAAUGAAAUUCACCAGUAUGGUCAUUAAUGAGACUCUACGUUGUGGCAACUUGGUGAAGUUUGUUCACAGGAAAGCUAUCAAGGAUGUAGAAUUCAAAGGAUAUUAUAUACCAGCGGGAUGGAAAGUCCUUCCUAUGUUGUCUGUUGUACAUCUUGAUUCGUCGCUGCAUCAAAAUCCAUCGGAAUUCAACCCUUGGAGAUGGAUCGAUCCAACAACAAGCAAGAAGGUGAUUCCAUUCGGAGGUGGAUUACGGCUAUGUCCAGGGUGGGAACUCGCUAAAUUGGAAGCAGCUUUAUUCCUACACCAUCUUGUUAUCAAUUACAG